UCCAAAAAAAAAUUCACAAUAAUGAAGAAAACAGAAGUAUCUUGCAUUUUCUUAAUUACAUUAAUAGUGUUUAUAAAAAAUUCUCUACUUUCUGAAGCAACUUCUGCCCCUAAUUCCGUGCUUGACACGACAGGAAAAAUGAUUCGAGUAGAAUCCGACUACAUGGUUGUGCCAGUAAGGAAGGACUUAGGAGGCGAUCUUGGGCUAGCCUUUAUUGGAACCCAAGUUUGUCCACUUGGUAUCGGCCCACGUCUAAAUAACGAUUCAGGCCUUUCGAUAAAUUUCUUUCCAGUGAAUUCAAAAAAAGGUGUAAUUCGUGAGUCUAUUGAUCUAAAUGUUGAGUUCACAGAAACUUAUACUAUAUGCCAACAUCACUCCAACGUGUGGAGGCUCGAUCACUAUAAUCCUCAAAAGGAAGAUCACAUGAUUACUAAUGGCGGAGUAAAAGGAAAUCCUGGUCGCGACACCAUUAGCAAUUGGUUUAAGAUUGUGAAAUAUGGAGUUGGAUACAAGUUUGUCUUUUGUCCAAGUGUAUGCAAUUAUUGUGAUGUGAUUUGCAAGAACGUUGGGGUUUUUGUACAAAAUAAUGGCCAGACACUUUUGACACUGAGUAAUGAGCCAUUAGAAGUCAGGUUCAAGAAGGUGUGAACAAUAUGUUCUUAUCAAAAUAAAUUGCGAAUGACUUUCAUGUAAUACUUAUAUCCAAAUAAAAAAAAUUAUGUUUUUAUAUACUAUUACUAGGAUGUGUAUUACUCGAAUACAACUUUUAAUC